ACAUGUUGCUGCGUGUUGUGUUUAGCGGGGUGCAGAAGUAUCUCAGCAUGUGUGAGCCAACAUUCGAUGCCUUCCUGGAAGAAGUGAGCCUAAAGUUUCACAUACCACACAGCCAACAGUCAGAUUUGAAGGUGUAUGACCCGCCUGACACGAAAGUUGACGCGGCCCUCUUUGAAGAAGUCGUGAAGAAGUCAACUGGAACCUUCAGAGUCAUGCUGAGCAAUGAAGAACUUGUUACUCUGAACUUUACCAUGUGUGACACUGGGAAAGAAGCUGCCAGAAGAAGUCCACCUCAAAGGCCAAGUCAUGAUGCAAAAGCGUUGAUUGAGAACAUCCUAAUGACAAAGCCCGGUGGUGAACGCGUCAUGAAAGAGUACGCAAAAACCAAAUCCCUGACCAAUGCGACCAGGAGACAGAUGAUAAACAUCCUUGCUGCUGAGAUGACAGAAACACACGGGACGUCUCCUCCUAAAAGUGUGAGAGUGAUGUAUGCACGGGGGAUUGUUGCUCUCUUUCCAUAUCUGGAAGACCCAUAUUCCAAACAUGGAUAUGAACAUUACUACGAUCCAGAGAGAGGAUCAGGAUACCUGGCGUGGCGGUUGAAGACAAUUCAAAGAAAAACUGCAGAGGGAAGAAGUGUCUCGGUUGAGAAAACUCCCAAAAAUGGUGGGCCGGGUAAAGGUCGGUCAAGACCCUUCAACACGGACACGGUCCUGCCAUACCAGGAAGUGGAAGCAGCUGUGGAGGUUCUAAAGCACACUUCUGAUGAAGGCACUAUCCGUGAAAAGAUGAAAGCCACCUUCAUUUAUCGUCGUUCAAUGGUGAAAGACGACAAGAAGUCCACAGAGGUCUUCUCAGUCUUCCCGCGGUAUCUGGACACACCAGGGCUGAUUGAACAAGACUUCCGACUCCUGUUUGGCGAGGUCACCGCCAACAAACUCUUGGAGACGUGGUCCAACAGUCUCAAAGCAAAAAUUGUGAGGGAAAGCCAUGGACUGGUACCCACCACAGAGGUUUUGGAGUUGAUGUGCAAUGCCAAGUCAGGCGCUGACAUGGAAAAUGGCUGGGACAGUGACAUGUCUGCUGUCUUGCUGCUGCUACAUCUCCUGCCACCAUCUGCACAAGGACGCAAGAGACCAGGAAAGAUGUCUGCAUCCCAAGCGGCUGAUAACCUCAUCAAAUUCCUCAAGGAAGGCAGCAGUCCACAGCAGCAUCUGGACUACACCACCCACACCUGUCAGCCAUACCUUCUAGUCCAGGGACCGACCAGGAGCAGAAUCCAGUCUGCUUUCAUCGUGAUUGACAACCACGCUCUGCCAUCCAAGGCUGCAGGUUCAUUAGCAGCUCUCGAUGAGCUCUUUAAGGCCUACUAUGUCUUUGGCAGGUCCUACACUUCUUCCCUCACCAACUUCUGGACUUUUCUGCAAACCACCAUUUAUAACAUUGACGUGGGGGAAACCAAGGAGAGUCCCCGGGUUGCAGAACUGCGAGCAAGAAUGAUGCGCUAGUAUCGCAGCCAAGAAUGAUGCGCUAGUAUUGCAGCCAAUAAUGAUGCGCUAGUAUCGCAGCCUAGAAUGAUGCCCUAGUAUCGCAGCCUAGAAUGAUGUGCUAGUAUCACAGCCAAGAAUGAUGCGCUAGUAUCGCAGCCACGAAUGAUGCGCUAGUAUCGCAGCCAAGAAUGAUGCGCUAGUAUCACAGCCACGAAUGAUGCGCUAGUAUCACAGUCAAGAAUGAUGCGCUAGUAUCGCAGCCACGAAUGAUGCGCUAGUAUCGCAGCCAAGAAUGAUGCGCUAGUAUCGCAGCCAUGACACCUUUUCUUGGUUCAAGUCUCCUUUCACUGGCCGCCCAGUUCUGUUUGAAACAUGGGGAGACUUUCAAUGUCUGGAGACAAAUUCAACAUAGUCCAAAGACUGGAGCGCUCCUGGACCAAAGAGGUUUCAUCACGGUGGUGUGUUGUCAGCCUCGUGUUCCAUCCCUGCUGGGAAUAUUUCUUCAUUUAUGUUUGUUAAUGAUCUUAACUUUGUUUACCUCCAAAUAACUCUGAAUUAUAAUCUUUAGGCACCGCACCAUUUGUUUCCAUUAUUGGGGGUAACUCACCCACUCACAGUCAAUUCUCCAUUUAAAAUCAAUACUUUUUAACAACCCUAAGUGCCAGUUCUGUGAUGAACUACAUUCCUCCAUAAAAUAGAUAAACAGCUCUGAUACAUUUCUAUGUGUAGUAGACCUAAGUAUUAAUUAAGUACCACCAUAAUGACAACAUUAAAAUACAGUAGUGUAGUAGACCUAAGUAUUCAUUAAGCACCACCAUAAUGACAACAUUAAAAUACAGUAGUGUAGUAGACCUAAGUAUUCAUUAAGUACCACCACAAUGACAACAGUUAAAUACAGUAGUGUAAUAGACCUAAAUAAAAGUGUAAAAAAAAAAUGACAAAGUGGAAAAACCAACAUAAAGGCAAGUAUAGUGAUGAUAAACAAACCAUAUGGAAGUGGUUUAGAGUUUCUAGGUCACGUAAAUAAAAACCUCUUGAUUAAAAAUGUCAAAAAUCGAAAAAGACAAAAAAAAGACAAAAUGGAAAAAUCAACACAUGAGUCAAGUUUAGUGACGAUAAACAAACCAUAUGAAAGUGGUUUAGAGGUCACAUGACUAAAAAGCUAUUGACAAUUACAAUUUUCAAAAAUGUAAAGAAAAAAUGAAGAAAAUUACAAAGUGGAAAAAAAACCCCAAUGCCAAGUAAUGAUGAGAAACAACUUUUUAAAAAGUGCUUUAUGGUUUCUAGGUCGCAUGACUAAAAACCUAUUGACAAUUAACAUUCGAAAAUGUUAUCUUUGUGCCUUGAAUACAGAAUGUUGCCGUCAGUCAGUCAGCGACCACGUGAUGAU